AUGUCUACCCGCACAGUCAAACCUUUGACUGUCUACGGCCACUGGGGGGCACCCAACCCGUACAAAAUACGCAUUCUCCUCGAGGAACUUGAUAUCCCCUUCGAGUGGCAUGUGAUCGAAAUACAAGACGUCAAAAACGAGACGUAUACGAAGAUCUGCCCGAACGGUCGUCUGCCUGCAAUCGUGGAUCCUAAUACUGGCAUCACGCUGUGGGAGUCUGGUGCGAUCGUGUUGUAUCUGAUCGAGGAGUAUGACAAGGAGGGAAAAUUGUCUUACAGGACCGCUCCCGAAAAGUACCUCCUGCAGCAGUGGUUGAUGUUUCAGGUCUCAGGCAAGUGUUCUUCAUUCAAAUCCAUCUUGCUUCGACAAGGACCGUAUUUUGGCCAAGCGGUCUGGUUCGCGCGAUACCAUCACGAAAAGCUCCCAAGCGCCAUCAAGCGCUAUCUGGACGAGGUCGAGCGAGUCACUUCGGUGAUCGACACCCAUCUCACCACCACAAACCAAGAUUAUCUCGUGGGAGAUAAAUGUACAUAUGCAGACCUGUCGUUCGUGACAUGGUAUUUUCUCGCAGCAGGCCUGUUGAAGGAGCUGGGACAGGAGAAGCGGUUGGACAAGUUCACAAAGUACUCUGAGUGGAUCGGCCGUUUGAAUGGUAGAGAAGUGGUCAAGCGAUUGAAUUCACAGGUGCAGAAAGGCAGGACGGAACAUGGGAUGAAGUAA